CCGGCGGCUCCCUCUCCUCCCCUCCCCACCUCCGAUCUCUCUGCAAUUCAAACCCCACUCCUCCUCCCUCCACGCGCGCCGGCGACGAGCACCCGCCGCCGGCUAGGGUUCCGCGCCCCGCGAUGGAGGCAUCCGGCUUCGGCCGCGACGCGGGGCCCCUCAACCGCGGCCCGGGCUCCGCGCCCCUCGCCUUCGGCGCCGGCGCGGCCACCGCCCCUUCUCCCGCGGCGCAGCCCGCCCCCGUGCAGUUCCCCUCGGCUCGCCCGGCCGCCCCCUUCGUGCCCCCCUCCUCGCGCUUCCCGAGCGCUCGCCCCCAGCUCUCCGCAGCGGCUCCCAUCUCUCGCCCUACUUCUCCCAUCCCCAUACCGGCACCCUCCGCGCGCCCGGCCGCAGCUGCUCCCGGCGCCUCCGGUCCCGUGAGGUUUCCGAGCCCUCUUCGUGCCGUCGACCCAGGCGCGGCCGCUGCUACCGCUCGCCAUCUUCAGUCUCAGCCGAGAGUAGCUGCACCAUCCACAGGCAGGCCCAUGCAUCCUGGUAUUUCCUCAAGGAGCAGGUCCCCGCCGAAUCUAUCAAAUCAGCGUGUGAAUGUUCCUCCAGAAAAUGAUAAUGGUAUGGGGCAAAGAAGGUUGGUAAACUAUGCAGACCCGUUGUUUGAAAAUGAAAGUGCGCAAUCUUCAGUGCAAAUGAGAAUGCAACCUCCAGAGACUGGAAAGACAGCAAGAUCACCACCAUUAGACAUGAGCAGACAGUUUAGACCAUCAUCAAGCCUUCCAAAAUUUCCUCCUACGCAGCGUGCUGAGCCUCAUGAUCAUGUGCAAAUGCCUAAUCUAUCACCUUCCAAGUUUGGAAUCCAGAACCAGUCUCCUUUUCAAGAUGCACGUGCUACAUUCUCUCCUCUUCUGAAUAGCAAUUUAGUUCCUGGUAGUGGGAGGCCCCGUCCUGCCUCAGGGACUAGUACAUCUUCUUCAUCAGUGCUUGGUGGUGCGGCUCAACAAGAGAUGAACGAUCAUAUGAGAGAACAAAGAUUCUCAGCUCCACUUCAAAGUCGAACAAUGGAUCAUAGCAUUUCAAAAAGGUCUAGGUCACCUACUUUAUCCUAUCAGGAUGUUGAUGGUGCUGAAGCUCGUCAUGGCACUGGUGCAAAUGCUAGAAGACUGAUAAACUAUGCGGAUACCUUGGUUGAUGAUGUAAGUAUUGAAACUUCAAAAAGGAUGAGGGCACCUUCAGAUAUUAGAGACAACAUUAGGCCGGCACCUGCAGGUUUUGGCAGCAGUAAUGUUGCAGCCCAGAAUCUUCGUUCACAGGCUGAUAUCCAGAGGUCUGAAGCAUCCCUUCUCAAGGUUGGAAGUCAAAUAAAAUCUCGCAUUGGUGAUGUGCGUUCACCACUGUAUCAGCAGUUCCGUCCUUCAGAUACUUAUUCAAAAGAAUAUAGUACACCUACAUUUUCUCCACCAAAGCCUUCGAUUCUCAAUUCUAGGAGCGUGACCCCUCCUUUGGAUGACGGUGACGACUUUAUCCCUUCAACUGAACUUGAGAGAGAAAAACAGGCAAAAGCCAAGCGUUUGGCUCGUUUCAAUGUUGAACUAAGCAGGCCAGUGGAAAAUAUCAAUGAUCUCGCAAAAGCGGACAAACAGAAACAAGCCUCUUCAAUGGGAAAAGUUCCAGUCAGAUCAAAUGAUAGUACUAUGGCUGACAUGGACCCCCCAGAGUUAGCCGCAAUUCUUGGGCUUUGUUCCUAUAUGUGCCCAGAGCCUGAAAGGGCGGAGCGCGAGAGAAAGGGAGAUCUUGAUAGGUACGAGAGGUUAGGUGGAGACAGAAACCAAACCACCGAGCUUCUUGCUGUUAAAAAGUAUACUAGGACUGCUGAGAGAGAUGCAGAGUUGAUCAGGCCUCUGCCAGUUCUGCAGAAGACCAUGUCAUACCUUCUUAGUUUGCUGGAUCACACAUAUGAUGAUAGUUUCUUGGGCUUAUACAACUUCUUGUGGGAUAGGAUGCGAGCGAUAAGAAUGGAUCUUAGAAUGCAACAUUUCUUCAAUCAAGAGGCUAUUUCUAUGCUCGAGCAAAUGAUAAGGCUCCACAUUGUAGCAAUGCACGAGUUAUGUGAGUACAGCAAAGGAGAAGGUUUUUCAGAGGGUUUUGAUGCACACCUCAACAUUGAACAGAUGAACAAAACAUCAGUUGAGCUAUUUCAAAUGUAUGAAGACCAUAGGAGAAAUGGUGUGCUUUUCUCAACAGAACAGGAGUUCCGGGGUUAUUAUGCACUGCUCAAGUUAGACAAGCAUCCUGGUUACAAGGUUGAACCUUCUGAGUUAUCUCUGGACCUUGCUAAGAUGUCUCGUGAAAUUAGAGGCAGCCCAGACGUCUUGUUUGCAAGAGAAGUUGCAAGAGCAUGCAGAAUGGGAAACUACAUUGCUUUCUUCCGGCUUGCAAGGAAAGCAACAUAUUUGCAGGCUUGCUUGAUGCAUGCUCACUUCGCGAAGGUAAGAAGGCAAGCUCUGGCUUCAUUGCACAGUGGUCUGCAGAUUGGCCAAGGCAUCCCUAUUUCACAUGUCAUGGAGUGGCUUGCAAUGGAGGAUGAGGACAUUGAAAGUCUCUUAGAAUACCAUGGUUUUGGAUCGAAGCAGUAUGAAGGACCGUACCUAGUGAAAGAAGGGUCUUUUCUUAACAGUGAGAGCGAUUUUCCAUCUGGUUGUUCUGAACUUGUGCACUCGAAGAAAUCACAGAGAAUAGUCGAUGAUGUAUCUUCUGGUCCAGUUUGUGCUCCCACUGGUCAAAAAGCGACUGUUGCACCAUAUUCUGUCGGGUUUCCUUCCCCAGCUAGCAAAAGAGAGCCGGUUCUGCCACGGUCUGCCCUUGUGAUUCCUGUUAGUGCGAAACAAGAGUUUGGCCCAUCGUUUUCUGGACCUGUUUCUCCCACUUCUAGCGGACAGAUUACCUCGCCGUAUUCGUUUUCUCCAAAAGCUGGCAAUAAACAGUUCAAUUCAACAUAUUCAAGUCCUAUUUCCCCAACUGGUAGCAGAAAGGGAAGUGUUCCAGUUAUUCUUAGCACUUCUCCGCGUGCUACCAAGCACGCACUCUCGCACACAGGAUGGAUGGAUGGCCAGAGAGUAGCUUCACCGAAAGCAAAAGGCAAGAUCACGAUGACUGAUGAUUUCAUAAUAUCUGAAGACCAGAAUGGUGAUUUUGUGGACUUCUCGAGAGAACAAAUGGAGAUACCGCAGUCAGAAGCCUACACUCAACAUGUUGAUGCUUUGGUGGCAACCAUAGUCUCACAUCCUCUAGCAGAUGGUGUAUCCUCAGAUUACACCCAUAUGCAUGAAGAGGAAGAUGAGCUCAGGGCACAUGGCUCUGGCAGUGAUACAGAUUUGGAUGAUGAAAGUCCAUCAUAUCAUCAAGUCAAUCUAAUAGAACGUGUGUCUCCAAAGGUUCUGACUGGAGAUGACCAAAAUAAUAAUGAAACAACAUAUGACUCGUUACCAAUUGUUGUGUCUCCAAAGAAAACAAUUUCAGAUGAAAGGCUAAAGUUUAUACUGAGGAAAUGGAGGCAGCGUGCUGUGGAUCAGAGAUCUCUGAGAGAGCAGAAAAAUGCCCUUGCUAUUGCAGCAUUGAAUUCUCUGUCACUUGGACCACCAGUUCACCAAACUGCAGUGGUGCCAAAGCAUGCAGUCCACGAGCUAGAUAUUGGCCAUGCCUUUAAAGAAAGAUACACACGGCAACAAAGAUCUUGGUCACGACUAAAUAUCUCAGAGUUGGCUGGUCCUAUUUUAACUGAAAGGAAACCUGAUGCUAGGUGCAUCUGCUGGAAGAUGCUAGUACUUGUCCCACCAGGUGCCAUGAAAUCUCAGAGCAACAAUGUUGCCUCGAGAUGGUUACUCAAAAAGCUCAUGGGUUCUGGAAAUGAAGAUAAUGGAUUGCUUCUUACUUCAGCAGAUCUCUCGAUUUGGAGAACGUGGCUCAGUUCUCCGAGUGUAUGCUGCCUAUCUGUUGUCAGGGUCAGUGACCAACAAGUUAUUGGUAACGAAAUUGCUGACAACACAAACUGUAUAGUAUUUGUGGUAUCUGAAAGCAUUCCGUGGGAAAUGCAGAAGGCACGAUUUAGCAGUCUGUUAGCCUCCAUACCUCCUCAAUCUUGUCUCCCUCUUCUGAUUUUAAGUGGUGACACAUAUAAUGAAGGGUAUGAUUAUGCGUCACAAAAUGUCAUUGAUAAGCUUGGCGUCAGCGGUCUGAGUGAAGGAAAGAUUGCUUCAUCCUUGGUUGUUUUUCUAGCUGGAAGCUGCACUGAAGGUUAUAUCAAUGGCUUCUUUGAGGAUGACAAGCUGCGAGAAGGUUUAAAGUGGAUGGCAAACAGUUUUCCUCUACAGCCUGAUGUCAUCCUCGUGAAGACACAUGAGUUACUUCUGAAUUACUUGAACCCAUCACUUGAGCUACUUAACAAGCGUGUUGCGCCUGAAGUUGGUCCUGAGCAUUGCAUCUCAGUAUUCAACAACGCUGUCAGCCAGCUUGGAGAAGAAAUUUUAGCUGCAGCAUACAGAAGUCCUAAUCAGUGGCCAGCUCUUGAGAUUGAUCUUCUGGAGAGAUCGAGCAGCGAGAGGAUGUUCACAGAAAUUUUCUUACCUAGCAUUGGAUGGUCAUCGCCGUCAAGAAUCCAGCCGCUGGUAGAAACCGUAAAGAGUUUGCAGCUUCCAGGGUUCAGUGACGACUUGUCUUGGCUAAAACAGGGAUCUUACAUGGGCAGGCAGAUCCAAGAUCAGAAGCUAUAUCUUGAGGAGUGCUUGACGAGAUAUCUGACCCAGUCGGCUCAGUUGUUAAAUGGAGCCCAGGCGGUUGCUGAGGCAAAGAUUAUGGUGCAGAAAGGUGUUGAUCUUGAGCUCCGUGACUCGAAUCACUAUCUUCUGCCGAACUGGGUUACUAUCUUCCGGCGGAUCUACAACUGGAGGUUAGCGAGGCUUUCUACCGGAGAUUUCUCAGAAGCUUAUGUCCUGAGUCAGCGUCUUUACCAGCCCCCUGCAACACAGCAUGGGCUCACUGCCAACAGCGAUACUAUAGGCGAAGCGCCCAUUUUGGAGGACCAUGACAUGAUGCCUGCUGUGCCAUCUGGUCUCUCGCUAGACGAGAUCAUUGAGGUCAGUUGUGACCUUGAUUCUGACAGUCCACCACUGAGACCUCCAUCACCUCCGCUGCCGACCCCAGCAUGCGACGAACCUCAGGCACUGGCACACAUUGAUGGUGAGGUAAACCCAAUGCAUGGAGCUACCUAUGACGACACGCACGACGCACCGAGAAGAGUAGAGCUAAGAGAUUUGGUUCCACUCAAAUGGGACGAUGAGCUUGCCAAGCUAGAACAGCAGUGCGCCAAGCUGCAGUCCAAGAUUGAUGAGAAGCUCUUCAUAUACUUCUGAGCUGCCGAGCCUUUGAAAGGUCGUGACGCUUGGUGUAACUUGUAACAUUGGAUAUCAUUGAGUGAUAGAACAUUGUUUUGUUAGGUCGUGUCAUUAUUCGAUGAGAAUGUCAUGGUGUUGUAGACAUAUAUAGCUCAGAUAUCCAGUGGAUACGUUUGUUGUAUCUCUAGCUGUUAGCUUUCCCAGUAGUUCAGUUCAGAAAUCUCUUACUACCUGCAGUUUCAAUCGACUGGUGCUAUAUAAGCUACUACAACGAAUUUCAGUUGGACUCGACUA